UCGCAUAUGCCUCAUUAUGAAACUCAUGUUUUAUUGUAUAAAAAAAAGAAUUCCAAUGUUUAUUUGCACUACAAGCUCUGUAACAUACACAUUUUUUUAAUUACAAAUGUGGUAACAUUUUACAACAAGAAACUUAUGAUUUGUUUCCUUUUUCUGUCCCACGGUCCAAAAUCAUUACCGCGUGCCUGAUGCCGACAGCCGACCAUUCCAUGUAUUUUUCUUACAUUUUAAUAUUCCAAAUCUGAUGAUUCAAAAGGUCUCCCAUAUAUAUAAACAUCCCUCAAUAUCCCUAUAACCGAACCUUAUUCUCUUCUUAUGCUUUAUGACUCGAAUCCAAGCAUACAUCCACUGCUCAAAACCACCAAAGUCACCACUUCUGCUUUCCUAUAAAACCAAACUCAGAAACCGACAGAACAAGAAAGAGAGGCAUUGCUAUGAGACCCAUGUCUGAGAACGAACACCAUUAGCAAAUCCGACAAAAACCCAUCUCUCAAGUUCAGAUUUUAACACUACCCAUUGAUUAUUUUUCUUUUUCUUGACAAAGAGACUAUGAAGAAAUUUAGAGGGUUCAGGCUUGGACGCAAGCUAGUGAAGGUUUUCAAAUGGAUAAUCCGACCCAGAAGAAGAAACUACAGGAAUUGUUUCUUGAGACGUCCGACCCGCAGCAAUAACCCGUUAUCCAGACUCUGCUCUUUGGCGAGGUUUCUUCGACGUGGAACCAAGGGGCUGUUUAGUUCGAAUUCCGAACCGGGUUAUAUCCGAUUGGGUGAGAAGGGAGUGAAGCGGGUUGGGGUACCGAAGGGGCAUCUUGCCGUGUACGUGGGCGAAUCAGAAGGUGAAACGAGGAGGGUGGUGGUGCCUGUGAUUUAUUUUAAUCACCCGUUAUUUGGAGAGCUAUUGAAAGAAGCGGAGCGGGUUUAUGGGUUCAAUCAAUCGGGUGGGAUCAUGUUGCCUUGUGGACUUUCGGAGUUUGAGAAGGUUAGGAUGAGAAUUGCUGAUUGGGAGCAUUGCCGACGGAAACAACAUCGUCGCUAUUUGUAAUGAUAUUUUCCCCUCUUAUUUUUAUGGUGGAUAAUAAUUUGAUUUAGCUAAUUUUUGUGAAUAUAGGAUGUCAAUGAUUUUUUUCCCUUUUUUCUUAGCCUCAAUUUUCUCUGUCUUUUUGUAUUUUUCUCUCCUUUUUGUUUUUAAUUUACGAGAAUCAUUGCAUUAAGAUUCCUUUUUGUUAUUUUAUUUCAUCAUUUAAUUUGCAUUUUCACUUAUUUCAUCGGUGAUAACUAUUAAGCUUACGAGGGUUAAAUUUACAUCAUUAAUAUUAAUUGUUACUACAAAUCCAAACUUAUCUUAUUAGCUAUUUAUUCAAAACAAUUACAUUAAUACAUUUAGAAGGGAUCCAUCGUGCUAUAACUGCAUUUUAUUGCGUUUUAUAAUUGAAUUUUAAAUCAUAAAACAACAUCGUCACAAAAUGAAAAAGACUCUAUCGCAUUGCCAAAUGAAUACUAAAUGUGUUAAUUAGUUCAGAUACAGGAAUAUCCUCACAUUAUGAGCAACGAAACGUAAUUUGUCGUCUAUUUAUAUAUAGAUAAAAACUUUUAAAAUUUUAUAACCAUUAUUAUUAUGUUAGCGUGAGUAAGUUUGAUAUUGAAAAAUGAUUCAAUUUUUUACAACCUAACACCAAACAUAAAAUCCAGUGACAAAUUUUAUUAGCUAACGAAAAAACAGGCCAUGUGCGCAAGCUUGACUUGCGAAAGAGAAAAAAUAAUAACUGUUAGAUCAGUACGUAGAACACGAGCAACACAAUGAUAGGGAGUUUGGUUAUUAAGAUUGGCAUUAUCCAAAUACAAGAAUCAACGUGGCAGUGGCACGACAGAUCUGGGUUUGUAUAAUGAGCUUAAAAAAGGAAAAGUUGAAUCGAUCUGACACUUGAUCUUAGCCGACGGGCUAGUAUGGAUUCAUGUCUCAGAGUGAUCACUGCAUCAUUGGGGCAGAAAAUUUUGAUGCUUAUUGAACUUCUGUUUUCCGCUAAAAAGGAA